AUGAUCUACCUUGGCUGGUUCUAUAUCCAUUUUGCGAUUCUCACAAAGUCUGGACCGGGCGAUGCCUUCAUGUCUUCUGAUUUCCAGGAGACUCUUGGAGAUUCUCCACUUGCUCGAGAGGCAAAGGAGGUCCAAUACCACGACAUCAUUACCAUCAAACACAGAGAUACUGAAUGCUUGCUUCAUUCUCAUAAUUUCCAUUAUCCGUUAAGAUAUGACGACGGAAGAAUCUCUUCGCAAGGACAGCAAGUGACCUGUGUUAAAGAUUUUGAAGACGAAAACAAUUACUGGCAAAUCCUUCCUGCUCUUCCGUAUCCAGAUGGCCAACUUCAAGGCCAAACUGUCAAGCAAGGAGACACAAUCAGACUGAAACACGUUGCUACUAAUGGCUACCUGCUGACUCACGACGUUGCUUCUCCGUUGUAUCCUACCAACGAAGAAUUUACUGUCAUCAACAUUGAAGAAGGAGAAACCACCAGAUUCAAUGACACAUUAUUCAGACUGGAUCCAUUCGACAAGAGAAAAAGUGAUGUUCUCAAGACUAAAGCUUCGGUUGUCAAAUUCUUCCAUGUUCCUACUAUAGUGACCAUGUGGACUCACGACGAUCAGCUCCUGCCAGAAUGGGGUUUCAACCAGCAAGAGGUCAACGGUAACAAGAAAGUGGGCGAUGCAGACAAUUACUGGACAAUUGACACUAUUAUCGGCCUCUCCGAUAAGCGCGCAGAAUACGUUCCUAAGGAAGUCAAGAAAUUGCCAUUCAUGACGAAGUGGUACGAGCUGCAAAUGACCAUGUUUGAACAGAACAACAAGUUGAGCUCCUCCCAUCCAUUUGCAUCGCUCCCUGAAUCCUGGCCGCUUUCGUUAUCUGGCGUGUCCUUUUGGACCAAGGCCGAAACCAGGGAACAAAUCUAUUUCAUUGGAAACUUGUUUGGAUGGUGGCUCGAAGUGGGUCUCCUAAUGACCUAUUUGGGAAUCUUGUUGGCUGAUCAGGUCACCAGGAGAAGAGAAAUCUAUGUUCUGAACAACAAGUCCAGAGCCCGAUUGUACAAAAGCAUCGGGUUCUUCUUUUGUGGCUGGGCCACCCACUACUUCCCAUUCUUCCUCAUGAAUAGACAGCGUUUCCUUCACCAUUACCUUCCUGCUCAUUUAUUGGCAGCCAUGUUCUCGGCUGCCUUGCUUGAGUUUUUAUUCACUGACAACAGAACUGAGGAGUUUAGAGAUCCUAAAGAGACUACCAAGCCUGGCAGCAUUUACUGGAUUCCAUACAUUUCGGUACUUGUGCUACUCACUGCUGCCUUGGUGAGUAUGUUCAUUUUCCUUGCCCCUCUUACUUACGGAAAUGUGUCCUUGUCUGUUCCAGAAGUUUUGCAGAGACAAUUCUUCGAUAUCAAAUUGCAUUUCGCUAAAUAA